CUACAGAAGGGGUAUUGGAGACCUUUGGCCUUUUGGUCAAAAUCCUUCAACAGCGCUCAAUCAUCUUAUUCAGCUUUUGACAGGGAACUGGUUGCGUUGUCUUCUGCUGUACAGCAUUUUCGUUAUUUAUUGGAAGGCCAGCCGAUCACAGUACGAACCGACCACAAGCCGUUGAUUGCCGCUCUUUCGAAACCAACAGACAACUUUUCGCCACUCCAGAGGAGACAUCUAGCGAAAGUUUCUCAAAUUGUUGACAGGGUCCUAUUCCAAUCAGGUGAAUGUAACACGAUAGCGGACGCCUUUUCUAGGGUUGCUUCAGAGGAAGUGUUGGUUGAUGAUGGUGAUGAUGAGUACGAAAAAAGUUCCGUCGUUGCAGCAGUUUCCUCGGCACCUACAACAAAGGAAAUUCGAUUGGCUCAGGAACUUGAUGUGGAAUUGCAGUCGUGGAUUUCAAGUCAGGUUAAAAAAGGUACUGUUUCAGGAUACAAUCCAGCUCUUGUAAAGUUCGGUGAUGACGAAAUUUGGUGCCAGAUGUCGUCAAACGCUCCAAAA